GUGCGGAGUCCGUGCCUGAGCUUGCGUGCGCCUCGUUCUGCUUGUUGGUUACAUUGUAUCAAUCUCCCAGCAUUGAAAGAUACAAACAGCCAUCAAGAUAUAUUAGAGAUACAGAGAAACAGAAUCGGGGGAUUUUAAACUGGUGCGAAAACCGGCAGAAAACUGGAUUUUACUUCCCGGGACCGGAGGAGACGUUAUAUAACUCGAAUCGGGCUCGCGAUCGACCCUAAAAAUGCCCGUUUUAGCCGGUAUUUUUCAGUUUUGAACGGGAUUCAACGUGUGAUGGCAGCAGUCCAGUGAACUGGCCUUUCCUUCCCCUGCUGUUGGAUUUCUUGGGAGUUCUAUUGAUUUAUUUUGUCUGUUUAUUUUGAAUAAAUCGGUGUUCCUCGCAUUUUUCCCACCCCCCCCCCUCCCCGACCCCCAACUUUCUGGAUCUAUGGAGUGUACUUAAAUAUUCGUGGGAUCGGGGUGCUCAAGUGGGGCAAAAUGUGGGUAACUGGGAAGGGGAUACCGAGACCCUGAGGCAGCUGCGACCCUUUCCCCUCCCCCCCUCCCCUGUUCUCUUAGAAGGCGUCGCACCUGACUGUGGCAAGCCUGGGCCGCUGGCACUAAGAUGUCCCUAAGCAGUGGCACUGCAGGCGGGAAAGGUGUGGACUCGAAUGCGGUGGACACUUACGACAGCGGCGAUGAGUGGGACAUCGGCGUGGGCAAUCUGAUUAUCGACCUCGACGCCGACCUAGAGAAGGACCAGCAGAAACUCGAGAUGUCGGGCACCAAGGAAGGCGGGGGCCUGGCGGCGCCCCCCAGCGCGGUGGCGGCCCUGCCCGACAACAUCAAAUUCGUCAGCCCCGUGCCCGCGCCCCAGGGCAAGGAGAGCAAAUCCAAAUCCAAGCGGAGCAAGAACUCCAAAGACGGCGGCAAGGCCUCCGCCGGCGAGGGGGCCAAGAGAGACGCCCAGGGGCGCGCCCAGGGGGAGGGAGGGGCCGCGGCCGCCGGCGCGGGGGGGGCCGGCGCGGGCGCCCCCGGCGCGGGGAAGGGCCCCGAGAAGAGCGGCAAGGCCUCCCGCGCCGUGCCCAGCGGCAAGAAGGAGAAGGAGGGCGGCCCGGGCAAGAGCAAGAAGGAGAAGAGUGACGGGGCGGCCGCGGCGGCGGAGAAGGAGCUGGGGGCGCCGGGCCUGGUGCUGGCCACCCGCACGGCCCCCUUCGACGGGCCGCAGAGCACCGAGCUGGCCGCGGCCGAGCAGCUCGCGAGUAUCGCCCUCGAGGCGGCCGCCAUGCCCCCGGCCUUGACAAUAAAAACCGAACCCGAGGAGCUGGACGGCGAGUGCAGGGCGCUGAAGAAGAUCAAAACUGAAAAGAUGGAGUCUCCGGUCUCCACCCCUGCCCCUCCCCCGCUGCACCUCCUGGCUCCAGCUGGGAACAAUGACAUCGCCUCCCCCUGCGAGCAGAUCAUGGUCCGGACACGCUCAGUGGCUGUCAACACCUCUGAUGUUGCCUUGGCAACAGAGCCCGAAUGCUUGGGACCCUGUGAACCCGGGACCAGUGUCAACCUGGAAGGCAUCGUCUGGCAGGAAACAGAGGAUGGAAUGCUGGUUGUCAAUGUCACUUGGAGAAACAAGACUUAUGUUGGGACUCUGCUAGACUGUACAAGGCACGACUGGGCACCUCCAAGGUUCUGCGAGUCGCCCACAAGUGACCUGGAGAUGAGAAAUGGCCGUGGAAGGGGGAAGAGGAUGAGGCCCAACAGUAACACCCCUGUUAACGAGAACAGCAACUCCUCGGAUAACAAGGGCAGCAGCAGCAGCAAGACCCGGGCCGGAUCCAAUAGCAAGGGCCGGCGGGGCAGUCAGAACUCCUCCGAGCGCCGCACGCCGCCCAACAGCAACACGGAGGACGUCAAGGCCAGCCCAUCUUCUGCCAGCAAGCGGAAAAGCAAACCGGCCUCUGACAUGGAGCCCAACUCCAGCUCGGAGGACACCAAGGGGAGCAAGCGGAUGCGCACCAACUCCAGCUCUAACAGUGGGGCUCCCCCGUCCACCAUACCCAUACCCACCAUUAAAACAGAACCUCUCCCCCCUCCCCUCGACCGGAACUGCCCGUCCCCUGUCCUCAUUGACUGCCCACACCCCAACUGUAACAAGAAGUACAAGCACAUUAAUGGCUUGAAGUACCACCAGGCCCGUGCCCACAAUGAUGACGAUAUCAAGCAGGAGAUAGAUGGUGACAGUGAAUACGGAGAGGACUCCACACUUCAUCCUGAGCCUGGGAGCUGCAAUGGAGCCUCUGUCUCCCAGAAGGGAUGCCUUUCGCCAGCACGAUCAGUCACCCCCAAAGGCAGAGGCUUUGAAGGUCAAAGCCCAUCCCCUUCAUCGGGGAAAUUUAGCUGUAAGCAGUCCAGCAAGAAGAAGUCUUCCGACACGGAUCAGGAAGCUGGUGGGACUCCCAUGGAUGGCUCUGAAGAUGGGCCGUGUCUCACAGAUGAUGCCAGCAAUGACGGCAUGGAUGACAAGAAAGGAUCAGAUAAGGACAAGUCCAAGAAGUCUAGCAGCAGUAGCAGCAGCAGUGCCAAGUCUGAAAAGCUACCACAGAAGAGCUUGAAAUCGGCCAGGCCCAUAGCUCCAGCCAUACCUCCUCAGCAGCUAUACACCUUCCAAACUGCGACUUUCACCACUGGAAGCCCAGGGUCUUCUCCUGGGCUCACCACCACUGUUGUACAGGCUAUGCCCAAGAGCCCACAGCUGAAAGCCAUCCAGCCCAAACCCACGGUGAUGGGAGACCCCUCUACUGUGAACCCAGCCCUGAGCAGCUCCAAGGACAAGAAGAAAAAAGAUAAAAAGAAGAAGGAGGCAAGUAAAGAUGCAGACAGUCCUAAGCCUUCAGGGAAGGGGGGUAAACCUGAAGAGGGUAAGAGCCCUUACUCCGAGUCAUCCGAUCCGGGCAGCAAGAGUGACGGGCUGCUAAAUGGUUCCUCAGAUUCCCACCAGAGUCGUUUGGCCAGCAUUAAAGCAGAGGCAGACAAAAUCUACAGCUUCACAGACAAUGCUCCAAGCCCAUCCAUUGGCGUUGCAAGCCGGAUUGACAGUGGGGGGAUGGUGCAGCCCCUGACCCCUCUCCACGUGGUGACUCAGAACGGUGCGGACAACUCAUCGGUGAAGACAAACAGCCCCGCUUAUUCAGACAUCUCGGAUGCGGGGGAGGACGGGGAAGGCAAAAUGGACAAUGUGAAGGCCAAGUCUGAGGACCAGGCCAUGAAGGAAGGGGCCAAGAAGGCACUCUUCCCAACCCAAACGCCCAACAAAGAAUCCCCUUACUACACGAGCUAUGAAGCUUACUACUCUCCAAACUACGCCAACCCCAGCCCGGGGGCUUCCAACUCCAGCGCUCCUUUGGCCGAAGGACAGCCUGUGAAAGUAAAGAAAGAGGAGGAGCCGGAGCAGACAGAGGGAAAGGUGAAAAUGGAGCUCCAGGAAGAGCGCAAGCCAGAGAUCAGCUCCUCCAGCCAGCAGCAGCAGCAACAACAGCAGCAGCAGCAGCAGCCUUCUGUCAUCCAACAGCGCUCCAGUAUGUACAUGCAGCCCUUGUAUUAUAAUCAGUACGCGUACGUCCCCCCCUACGGGUACAGUGAGCAGGCCUAUCACAACCACUUGAUGAACACCAACCCGGCGUACAGGCAACAGUACGAGGAGCGGCAGCGGCAGGCAGUGGAGCAGCACCGAGCAGCGGAGAAGAAGUCGGAUGCAGCCCUCAAAGAGAGGGAAGCGUCGAUGAAGGAGGAUUGGAAGCAGAAGGCCUCCAUUCCUCCCACCCUCUCCAAGGCCCCCAGCCUCUCAGAUCUGGGCAAGCCCUUACCCCCCAGUAAAACAAAAGACUCUGCUUCAGAGCCAACCAAGUCGGUCAUCAUCCCCAAGGGGGAAGACUCCUCCAAGAUCCAGUCCCAGCAGGCUGAGGGGCUGAAGAUGAAGCUGAGUGAGGGGGGCCAUCAUGGGAAGGAGGUAUCUGAGUCCAAAUCAGGCCUGGAGUCCAGUAGGCAGCCAGGGAUGGAGCAAAGCAUGUGGUACAGACAGGAGGCGGACUCCAGGCUGUGGCCCUACAUCUACCCCAACAAGUACCCCGACUCGCAGAAGCAGCAGCAGCAGCAGGAGGAGGAGCAGCAGCAGCGCUGGAAGGAAGAGCGGGAGCGGGAGAGGAAGGGCAAGGAGGAGAGGUCACGGCCCAAGGAGACAGCAGCCAAGGAAGAGAGCAAAGAGAGCAUGGACCCCCGGGCGUCCAUGCCCUCCUCCGAGGAGCACCGCGGGGCAAGCAAGGACCCCCGGCCCACUGCCCACAUGCAGUUCUCCUCUCCGCUGGCACAGCACCAGUCCUACAUGCCCUACAUGCAUGGGUACCCCUACGGUCAAGGCUAUGACCCCAACCACCCUGGGUACCGGGGGAUGCCUUCCGUCAUGAUGCAGAACUACCCAGGGUCAUACCUGUCUGCGGGAUAUUCCUUCUCCCCAUACGGCAGUAAGAUGGCCGGCUCAGAAGAAGGAGAGAAGUCCCGGGCCAGUCCCACUGUGAGCAGUAAAUCCAGCUCCGAGUCCAAGGCCCUGGACAUCCUCCACCAGCACGCCAGCCAGUACAAGAGCAAGUCCCCGACCGUCGGCGACAAGCAGCCACACGAACGGGACAGGGUGGCGGGGGAACGGGAGCGCGAGAUGGACCGGCCGCGCUCCUCCCCCUCCCAGCGCAUCAUGCCCUCCCAUCACCACCUGGGCUACCCCCUGCUCUCAGGACAGUACGACCUGUCCUACGCCACAGGUCUCUCUUCUUCAGCCAUUGUUGCUAGCCAGCAAGCCUCAGCCCCCUCCCUCUACCCCCCAGCACGGAGGUGAGAAUGGGAGACCUGAUUGGUUCAGCUCAACCUGGAAAGGAGUCAUGUGACUGGAUCACAUGAGGAAGAGUGUGGUGUUCAUUUAGACAUCAGUUAAAUGGUGUUUCUGUAUUUUAGUUUCUGCCUUGAUGUCAGGCAGACUGUUCUUCUUCUAGCGUCUAUAACUUCUCCACUGCGGACUGAGAGCUGGUAAAAAUCAAAAGCCAUCUGUCUCUGUUGACACACAGAUUUAGCCACUUAACCUUUUCUUUGCACUGUUGAUGAGAUUUGCAAAAAAAGAAGAAAAAAACUGCCAGGAAAGACUAUUCUCUUUUGAUAGCAUUAUUUUCACAUUUGCAGCAAUCGGGGGGAAAUAAAAUCACUACUCUGAAACUCACUGACCUGGGCCUUAGAUUGCAGCUUGACAACGGAACAGAUACAGUAUCCCUUUUUUGAGGACUUCAGGAUGUGGCAACCUUUUCGUUGUUUUCAGAGAGUGAGAGAGACAGUCGCAGGCACCGAGUGCCAUCUUCUCAGCCCACCAACACGGUUCUCUAUGCAAGCUGAAUUGUUCUUUUAGAGAUAUUACGGGAUGCAUUUCUGAGACCUCGCCCACACGUGUGUCUUCUGUUCUGAAUUGGUGCAUCGUUGAUGUUUUUGGAGAAAGGAUAAUACCUUACUUGUACAAGUAAGGUAUCUGCCCUCAUCAAGUUCAGGUGAAAAUGCUGUAACGCUUUUUAGAAACAUUUCCGUGCAUGACAGCAUGGCUCUCCAUAGAUGACCUUCAAGUUCCUUUUCCUACUUUUGACUAUUUCCACCUUUUGUUUUACUGCCUCACAAAUAUCAGGCCAUCUCAGUCUUACCCAGCGGCCAGGGAUUUCAAUCCAUGGGUUAAGUCAGACACUAGACUGAGGUUGCUGUGCUGGCUAGGUGGUGCUACGGUGACUUCCAGGAGGGUAAACAAGUUUACAGCAACAUCAAUGCAUCAGUUUUGAACCACACUGUGUUAAAAGGUUAGCCACGAUAAAAAAGGGAUAGUGUGUCUAUGUGUGUGUAGGUGCAUUAGUCUGUUCGGAAAGUGCCAGACCUGUCGUCUGACGCUCUUGAGGCAUCCUUUGUGGAUGUCUUAAGCCACAGUUGUUUAAGUUCUAAGGGAAGCCAUAGCAGAGAGAAUGGGGACACAGUGGGAAAAAUACACAUCGGAGCCUUGGCCUGCUAGGAGACACUUCCAAGCAACGUCUGGAAAAAGCUGUUGACAUGAGACUUUCCAUGUCCUAGUACAAAUUGGGAGGGAUCUUUGUAGAUAAUUACAACCUGGAAGAUAAGCUCAAAACUCUCGUUUUGUAAAGGUCUGUAUAUUGGUAUUGAAGCCUUUGGGAAAAUGUUUUCUACCCUCUUCUGUUUUCCUAAGCAUUUGUGCUUUGAGUAAGGACAUUUCCAUUUUUCUUCGAGGGUUGAACAUUGAUUACACACCUCUGAAGAAACAGAGAGGAGCAAGGAACAUUAGAAAAUGUCCUUGUGUUUCCAACUAGAUUUUUUAUUAGCAUUACUUCCAGGUAACAUGACCUUAAACAAUCUAAUCAUUUUUUAGCCCUUUUAGACUGUUGAAAUGCAGUGCUCUGAUCUUCAGGUACCUCCUUGUCAUAUAACUACUUGGCAACUGUCAACAAAUUAGGACACACUAAUUGGAAUUCGUCCAAUAGUUGGAUGGCUAAAAGCACUUCAGUGCUUAAUGCUGUGGAUCCUGAUAUUUAUCCUGUGCCACUUCACAUCUAAGCAGUAGCCCCAGUUUCUCUGUUGUGAACUUUCUCAUGGUGUAAUAUAGCACUAAAAGCAUUAACCUACACAAUGUUCUUUCUGCAAAUCGAGCUGUACAAGUUUGUCACCCUUUCACGUCUCUCUCCCAUACUUACUAUGUGGUUUCUGUAUAUAUUGUACAGAGGAAUUAUUUUAAAAGGCUGUUGGAUGCUAUUGGAAUUUUCCUACUUUUUAUGUCUUUUUUUUUUCCUUUUCUCUUUUUUUCUACCAUUGUUAAUAUAAAAUGAAAAAAAACUGUAGCUGGUGUAACGGCUUUAUAUUUGAAGUGUUGUGAUUUUUUUAUUUUUUGCUUUCUCUUGAUGUUUGUACCCUAUUCAUUUGCCCUCCCACUUUCAGAUAUAGCCACUGUCAGCUGACUUUGAUCACCAGACCUUCCAACCCUGAGAACAUGUUUUAUAAAGGAAGAAUCUAAACAGUGUCCUGAGUGUCAGGUCUUUCCCCCCCCAAUUUAAAUUCCCAGUUUUCUUUUUAUCAAAUCGGUUCAUUUAAACUCUUCAUUUAAAUAAUGACUUCUCUUUGUUUUUGGUUUAAGUGCUCUAACUUAAAGACCGCCCUUUCUGUAUGUCUUCAAAUGAUUAACUUUGCUUACAAAUAAUCUGUGUUGAUCAGUGCACCACAUUGUGAAACACUUGGGCACCAUGUGCAUACUGUGUGCAGUAAUUUAUUCUGCAUACUUUGCUUGCAAAUGGUAAAUCAGAUACUUUGCAUUACCUUUUUAAUGAGCAAAACCUUUUUACCCUUAAAGCUGUACUAAUAAAUCUAGCCCAAUGGCCAGUCCACUUGGUACCAGAAUGUCCACGCUGUACAAGUGUCUAAAAUAAACUAGCAUGCAUAUCUUGACUCACGUUUGUCCUGAUUUUCUAAUGGUAUUUUCUGUAGAGAGAGGCGCUUGCUUGAUCUUCUGCUGUUGGAUCCUUUCAAAUAUUUUGAGGCACCUGUGAGAGAGAAGUUUUUGGGGAACAACCAUGAGAUGUAAAUGACUGUACUGACUUUGUCUUCCUAUACACAGCCUUGAGAAAUAUUUAACACCAGGACUUGUAGAUAAAAGUAUGUGAGUAAAUAUCAACAAAAGGAUUUAAUUUGCUACAUUAAAAAUUCUAGACGCUUGUACUUGCAAUGUAAUCAUAAAAAUGGAAUGAUUACAUUUAAAAGACAGUAAAUCUGUGAUUGUGCUGGGAUUUGCCCUUUGCAAGCAGUUUGAUUAAUUUUUCUGGUGCUUGUGAAGUUCUCUGUGGAACCUUGCAGUCCCUCUGCACAGGAAGCUCCUCUGAUGUAAUUGGAAGUUGAGCAAGUGGCAGGAAAAACAAAAACAAAAUGCAAAAAACUUUGCCACUCAGAUUCAUUUGUUUUGUAAGCCAGGGGUUGGAAAACUAUUUGAAGACAAGCACGCUUGAAGAACCAAGAAUGUUUCUUGGUCCGUCUCAAACAUUUCACUUAGGCCCUGCAGUUGGGAUUGUAAGGGAUGAUCUUUAAUGGUCAUUUCAAUGUUCCAACAUCUGGAGUUUAGAAGAAAAGGGCGUUUUGAAGUUAGAAUUACACAGAUUACAAAUCGCCCAGUUUUGUAUACAGUAAAGGCUUGGAAGCUUCUAGUAGCAUAAGAAAUAGAAAGAAUCUCUCUCUCAGAACAUGUGCUGCCACAUCUCUGGCACCAAUGUAUGUUGUAUUUUCUGGUUUUGUUGGAAGUCCAUGGCAUAAUGUGUGAAAGGUCACUGUGUACCCAUUAUCAUUUUCCUUCUGAGAGCAGCAUCAGGACAGGCUUUGUGUGGAGAUACUGACCUACCAGUGCUUAGUGAAUAGAGGUCCGAAUUGGAUUUUUACACAACUUAAUCUUUCUCAUUUGUUUGAAAGAGUUGAUUCCUGUUUUGAAAUGCAGUUCAGAAUGGACGCGCACUCUUCCGUGACGGUUUUACUCAAUUAGGGUAAAGUAGAAGCCACCGAUGCAUCAGUCAAAAAGAUGUCUCACUAGGUGGUGUGUUCACAGAAUUAUCUUGUCUACAGAAAUUAAAACAUUUUGAAUUUUUGUGUUGGAAUUAGAUGUUUUGAGGCAAAAGAAUUUUAAAUGUUUUUAAUCUUUAAGAAAAAUGGAAAGGGGGCUGGAAUGAAGUAUAUAUAAUAAUAAUUUAAUUAUUUUGCUUCCGUCUCCAAAAUUUUAGACUAGCAAAAUUGUGCUGCUUAUUGAGUUGGUACAGAUCUUAAUGGGGGGGAAGCGCUUGAUUUUGUUUUAACUUAUUUUAAGUUUCCUUUUGUUGAUACCCAUGGUAGAAAAACAAAACAGAUCUGUUUUUUUUUUCCACAACACAGCCGUUGAUAAGUCCAGUUUCAAAAUGGUGCUCGAUAGACGUCCUUGGAAGCCGGUAGGGGAGAAGGAACUCGUCAUGUGACUGUGGUGUUCCUUUCUCUCUGCGGCAUUGUACUGUUUCCCACCUCUGAACACCCCUUACCCCCAACUCAUACAGCAGUGGGGAGUGACUCGGUAUCCGUCAUCGGUACUUGAAAGGAAGAUGUUUACAGCUUUUUUUUUUCUUUUUUUGAUUGCUGUGUUUGAUUUUCAGUCUCCUCCCUCUUCCCUCUCCACUAUCCCCUCCCCCCUCCCUCUUCAACUUUGUCCCUUAAAUUUUCUCUUAUGUAAAGUGUACAUUACCAUGUUUCUUUUUUAUACAAUACUGUAACUUGCCUUUGUACAUUUAGGCAAAAAAAAUAAAUCUUUUUAUGAGACAAUCACA